GGAUAUGUGUACCUCCCCUAUCGGCUCAGGCCGCUUCUCUCACGCCUCCUUCUCCGACCCUGCUGCCAGUCCCCGCCUCCCUGUGUGACUGCAAGCCCGAACUUUCCUCAUUCUAUUGUCCUUGACUGAAGUUAUCUAACUAACAAUCUCGCUUUAUCUGUACAACAAACUUCCAAACUUCACCAGCAAAAAGGGUACUAGAGGCUUUAAACCGGAGAAUCUCGGAGCAGCUGCCCGCAGUCUGUGUGCAAACCAGCAGUGGGAAGCAGGCCGAUGGGGAGGAUGUGGAUCUGGUACCUGCUGCUCGUUUCUGGCUCCAGCUCGGUCGAAAGCCAGCUGCUCCCUGGGAAUAACUUCACAACGGAGUGCAACAUUCCUGGGAAUUUUAUGUGUGGAGAUGGGAAGUGUGUCCCCGGGAGCUUGCAGUGUAAUGGGCUGCCCGACUGCUUGGACGAGAGCGAUGAAAGUGGCUGCCCCAGGGUAAAGUCCCGGUGUGCCCCCACAUUCUUCGCCUGUGCAAGUGGGAUGCACUGCAUCAUCGGGCGCUUCCACUGCAAUGGCUUUGAGGACUGUCCUGAUGGCAGCGACGAGGAGAACUGCACUGCAAACCACCUGCUGUGUUCCACAGCACGCUUCCACUGUAAGAAUGGGCGCUGUGUGGACAAGAGCUUCCUCUGCAACGGACAGGACAACUGUCAAGAUAACACUGAUGAGGAAGAUUGUGAAAGCACCUCUGAAUCUGUCCCAGGGCAAGACUUGGUGGCGCUGGAUUGCCAUAUGCGCUACGACCCCAGCAUCAUUUAUGCAGUGAUUGGUAGCGCAGUCAUCUUUGUCCUGGUGGUGGCGCUGCUGGCCCUUGCCCUACACCACCAGAGGAAGCGCAGUGUGCUCCUGCCUCGUGUGGGGCAGCACCUUCACCGCCUGCACCAGCCCCUGCUGCUCUCGCGCUUCGUCAUCGUGGAGCCACAGCACUCCUGCAGCACCUCUGCCGCGUCCUACAGCACCACGCGCAGGAUCCAACUGCUGUCCGGAGCGCUGUGCCCACGCAACUACACCAUGGACACCCCUCCCUCGUACUCACAGGCAGUCCGUGACCUCAGCCGGCCUCCCUGGUUUGAUCUGCCCCCUCCCCCCUACCCUCCCGAUGGAGAGGAGCCCAUGCCAGGGGAUCUGCCCCCCUACCAGUCCCGCCGGGGGAGCAUGCAGAGCCAGGAAAGUCCCAGUGGGAGCCACACAGGGACACAAACAACUAUACAUAGAGAGGCCCAGUCCUAGGGGCCAAUCUUCCAGGGCUAAAUACCACAGGAUCCCCGCCUCUAAACCAGAGCCAUAUACAGAAGAUCCUGCUCCAGUCAUAGAGACCCAGUCCUGGGGGCCAGUCUGCCAGGGCUAAGUACUACAGCAUCCCCGCCUGUACACCACAGCCAUGUAUGGAUUACAUAUGUAUGCCCCCAUCUGAGUUUUUUGUUAUAUCUAGAAAACCAUUUAUUAAAUUGUGCUGAAACUUAGUUAAGGAUUCAUUUGAGUAUGAUCAGGUGAGUAUAUGGAGGAACAUGUGUGUCGUUUGUAUGUCACAGUGGCCAUGGUGGUGUUUGUCAUGGUGCUGAUGGCUCUUAUGGUUAUAUCUACAGCUCUGACGGGGUGUAUGUUACCAACAUGAGCUGGCAAUGCUGUCAUAGUGCAGCUGUCUCGUUUGAUUCAGAAUUAUUGUUGUCUUGAUGAGGUGCCAAAGCAAAUUGAUAUCCAAAUGUCUGUUAUUAUAACUUAUAAUAUACACAGAUAACUUUCAUAACCUACAAACAAUUUCAGAUUUAACAGAAUUAUUCCCAUCAAAAUGGAUGACUGUAUGUUCACCUGUUAGAGAGCAAAAACUCAAUAAAACACCUGGUAAAAUGAAUAGAGAGCUUUAUAUAAAGUGCUGUCUGACAAGGGUGGAAUAGCACUAUGAUGAGCUUGUUUUUUUCUGUUCGGACCCUGGACGUGGGAACAGGUUUUAAGGCCUUUUAAACAAAAUAAUUCCAGUACAUUUUAAUAUGCAUAACCGUCUAUCUAGAAGUCUCUCAUUUAAUACAUGAAAGAUGCACGUGAUGGUGCAGUUUGUUAGUGCUGUUGUUAUUAGUGAACAGGUUACAUUUAGUCUUGUGUUACGUUUGCUCUCAGAGGUCACGUGGUGGAAUGCAGAGUCAAAGGAAGAGCAGGGUUUGGUUAUAGAAAAGUGGCAGACUUAUAGAAUUUUUUCUAGAUUAUGCCUGUUCUUGAAAGGAGGUGGUGGAGAAACCUUAUAUUUUUUACAUUGUACUCAAGAGAAUGUAAAAAAAACCCUGCUCCUCAGUAACCAAUUGCUGAUUUUCAUGAGUUCUGUUAAUUAUUUGUGUGACCACUUGAGGUGAAAUCAUAUUAGAUUUACUGGACUGCUUUACUGCUCAAAAAUAAAAUAGGAUGCAGUCUAAUAUUCAUUGCAUACUGACCUAUUGAUAGCCUUUUAAAUAAUAUAAUUUAAAGAAAAACUGUGUGAAGGUUUUGAAGUGGGAACACGUUGUUUCCCAGUCCUGUGUCUGAUUCCCACCCCUAUGCUCGAGGGCUGUUCUAACAAUCAGUGAAGCCCCAAAUUACAUAAUUCAUCAAAUAAAAGGAACCGCUGAGCAGGCUGGAAUCACUUGGAUGCUGGUUACAAGAACUGUGAGUAUGACUCUGCAAGAGGAGGCAACGUUAGUAAAGCUUUUCUGUUGUGGGAACAAUGUGCUACCGCAUGCUCUUGAGGUCCAUGCAGUGCAAAAACCAUCCAAAUCUGGUCUCCUUUAUCACCCAGUCUUAAUCUAAUGGCUUGUGUUUAUCGGUGAAGCAAUUCAACACAAAGCCUAAGGACAUGUUAACAUUGAGAGGUUUCAAAAUUAUUCAUCAUUCAGAUUCUGGAGCUCAGAAUGAAGGAGAACACAUUGAACACAUACCUUAAAAAUAUGCCCUCUGCUGGUGAAAUGUAUUUAUUGUAUUGCUUAUCUUGACAAUUUCCCCACCUUCAUACUUUGUAUCAUAUCCCAGCUAUGACACUGCGAAGUGGCCUCAGGACUUUAUGUUCACCAGCUUUAUCGCUCCAGUCAAGUCUGCAGUUAUCGCCCCUAUAUCAGAAUGCAAUGUGAACUGUUCAUUUUAAAUCACGCACCUAUCUAAGGAACACAAUAUUAGUUUUGAGUCAACUCAAGUUCUUCAUUGAAACAUCAUGGAACCUGUUAAUGAUGCAACACGUUUUAGAGGCUUUGUUACUUGUGGUUAUGGCGAACAAAAUACUUCAUUGUGUAGGUCUGAAAUGGGAACUUUCAAAAUAAAGUAUGAUAUUAUACAAGAUAAAAUAAAGUUUUUAGUAUGUCUUCAAGGAAAUCUGUUAUACUAGUACUUCCUAGAUUAUUUCACCUCUGCGGGGUCAUCACCUCAAAGCCUUUGACUGGCUGCAAAGCAUGUCAAUCAUUAAGGAGCUGGUUGGUUACAUCGUGUAACAAUUUUUUUAUUUUUUUUUGUUCCUGGGAAGUAAGUGUUAUUUCCUAAUUGCUUAU